UUUUGCAAGGAAAACCCUGCAUUAAAAGUUUAUUCUGUAAACUUUUUAAGAAUCACAGGAGUACGAGUACUGCGAAUUCCAGAAAUGGAAAAUGAAAAGCGAAUUGAACGUAUUUUGCACGUAGCUGCACCAUGCAGGUUAAAAUCUUUUGACAGACCUCAUUGUCAGUGUUCAAACUCCCCCGUUUUCGAAAGAGGAGUGUGGAUAUCUUAAUAAUUAAUGUCCCCAUGCGUUAAAAAUUGAAUUCGAUGCCGUAAAUUCAAGACGGUACUGAAAGGAGAAAUGAAGAGAAGUAUCCACUAUCCACCACCUCUUUCCGGAAAUGUCAGGCGCGAAUCGCGAUGAUCUUUGGUUGCUUUGGCCUGCUUGACCAUUACCCAAAAAUAUGUCAGCCGCCCACGGCGACAGCGGCCUCGCACUCCAGAGAAAGCCAAACCUAAGAAACCAAAAAGCUUGGAUUGUUGGGACUGUUCUGUUUUUAUUUAAAAUUCUCGUAAAAGCAGAAUUUUUAAGUAAUCCAGGCGAUCCGUUUCGCCAGCGUGGUCCAUUUCGACCACGCGUCCAGAGCAAUCUCGCAUCGUUUCCCUCCAGCAAUAUCAGUAUUCCCACGGGCGCGCGUCCCCCGUACCGUCCGCCGCCCGGAUCAGCGCGCGGACCCGGUCCAGGGUAUGGACCGCAGGUGGGACUGUCAGGUCCCCGCAUCCUUCAGGGGGAUUCCAGCAGUUUCAGCGCGGCCCACGCCGUCCAUUCGGCGGAAUUAAUAUGGGCAUGCGGAUGCCACCACGUGGUCCUGGUUUUGACGGCGGAAUGGGUCAUGAGGGUGCGGGGCAGCAUCCGAAUGGAGGAGCUGGUGCGAGAUUCCCACCGACACGUCCCUAUCAACGAGGCGGUCCCAUACAGAAUCUCGCUCCUGUCGGACCCACACGGGGACGGGGGAAACGCACGCCGCAGUCUCGACCGGUCGAUGAAGAAGAUAUUCUAACCGUCCGACCAUUAGGCGCUGGACAAGAAGUUGGUCGUUCGUGUAUCUUAUUGGAAUUCAAAGGCAAGCGAAUAUUACUGGACAUGGGAAUACAUCCAGCUUUUCAUGGACAUGCUUCGCUGCCUUAUUUGGAUCAUAUCAAUGUGGAAGAUAUCGAGCUGCUCCUUAUUACUCAUUUUCACUUGGAUCACUGCGGAGCGCUGCCUUAUUUUCUUAUGAAAACGAAAUUCAAAGGACGAACGUUCAUGACGCAUGCCACAAAAGCUAUCUAUCGACUGACUUUAACCGAUGGACUGCGAGUCAGUCAGGGACAAGAACAGCUCUUCACGGAGGCCGAUCUCGAUAAAAGUAUGGACAAAAUCGAAACCGUGGAUUUUCAUGAGGAAAAAGAAAUUAACGGAAUUCGAUUUUGGUGUUACACUGCUGGUCAUGUUCUGGGCGCUGCUAUGUUUAUGAUUGAAAUUGCCGGCGUCAGGGUGCUGUAUACCGGAGACUUUUCACAAGAGGAAGAUCGGCAUCUUUGCGCGGCGGAAAUUCCCACGAUGAGGGCUGAUGUGUGUAUUAUGGAAUCUACGUACGGAAUCCAUGUGCACGAGGAUAGAGAAACUCGAGAACAUAGAUUUCUUAGUCAAGUGCGGACCAUCCUUAUGCGUGGCGGGAAAUGUCUUAUACCUUCUUUCGCACUUGGACGAGCCCAGGAAAUCCAGCUCAUUCUCGAUGAAUACUGGGAUUUACAUCCAGAAAUGCAGGAUUACCCUAUAUAUUAUGCGUCCGCUUUGGCGAAGAAGUGUAUGACUGUUUACCAAACAUAUACGGGUGCAAUGAACGACCGUAUCAAGAAGAAGCUUUCUGUGCACAAUCCAUUUAAUUUUAAAUUCAUCCAGCCUGUCAGGGGUCGCGAAGAUUUUGAUGACAAGGAACCUUGUGUGGUGAUUGCAAGUCCCGGUAUGAUGCAAAGUGGACUGUCGAGAGAACUGUUCGAAUUGUGGUGCGGUGAUUCCAAAAAUGGUUGUAUUAUUGCUGGCUACGUUGUCGAGGGCACUUUAGGCAAACAAAUUUUGAGCGAGCCAAAAGAAAUCAAAACAUUGGCCGGACAGACGAUUCCGAUGCGCAUGUCAGUGAACUAUGUAUCGUUUUCGGCACAUACCGACUUUCAGCAAACCAAGGCAUUUGUGGAAGCAUUGAAGCCUCCUCAUAUUAUUCUUGUUCACGGUGAGCAAGCUGAAAUGAACCGUUUGAAAAUGGGAUUGACACGAGACUUCGAGAACACGGACUAUAAGUUUCAGCUGCAUACUCCAGCUAAUACGCGCAGUGUUCAGUUGAAUUUUAAAGGAGAGAAAACUGUGAAGGUUGUGGGAGCACUAGCUGAAAAGCGUCCGCGUGAUGGUGAUGAAUUUUCCGGUAUACUGUUGAAGAAGUCCUUCACUUAUACGUUGGCGGAUGCCAAAGACAUACCAAAUGUUACUGAUCUUCCUCGCACUGAAAUGACACACCGAGUGUGCAUACACUAUGAAGGGGGAUUGGGCAAUGUGAUAAACUUGAUGCAGGAAAUCUGUUCUGAUGUCAGCGUGAUAUCUCAAACGGAAGUGGCUUUCUUUAACUGCUUAAGGAUUAAGAAGCAAGAGAGGACGUUAGUUGUAGAGUGGGAUGCCAGCACGGUUGCUGACAUGUUAGCGGAUGCUCUCUUGGGCAUGCUUGUGCACUUGCAGGAGGAGAGCCCAUGCGAUCCGUUACCCCCUCCUAGCUGGGAUGAUCAACAAGAACGGCUGCGUUUCUAUGACGGGGUCAAGCGUUUACUAACGGAUGUUUACGGUGCGGAAUGUCUCACGCCAAAUGACAGUGCCAGGACAAUUCAUCUGGACGUUAAAGGCAAAACAGCUGAGAUCUUAACGGAUGAAUGCAAAGCUGUCACCACCGAUCUGGGAUUCAAAUCCAGUCUGUAUACGUAUCUUGCUCGACUUUACCGUUCCAUGUUCCCUGUUGAUUUUUGGUGCCACACUGAUGCUGGUUUGGCUAUUUGAAAGAUGUUCUGCUUAUUUCCGAUUGGAAUUUGUAUUUGAAUUGUCUGUACAGUUUAAAUUGUAACUGUUGGUAUUCCUCAGAAAUUUUUUUGUUACAGAUUUUAUGUACAACCGAAGUUGAUUUUUUUGUUUUCUGCCAUGUUGCUGAUACGCUUUUUUUCACAGAAGCUCCGUCAUUGGUAU